CGACCGGUCUAGAGGAUUUGAUCGCUGCCAGCCGAAUUAUAAAUAUAUCUAGCACCUGACCUCAUCUGCCUGCUCUGCCGUACAUGGCGCAAACACGCACACAGCUUUGAGAAUUACGUGCGUCUGACCCUAAGCAUGGAGAAGUUCUCCCAGUUCCGAGACCGGGGCUCCGGCAUUGCGCCCUUUCUCCCCAUUCCUACCCAACCCUCGGGAUAUGCGUUGCCCCUACACAUAUUCCUAUUCUGCUUCCGUCUACCGCUCCUCAUAUUCGUCUGCUUGAGCUAUUUCCUCGUUCUACAGUACCUCCCCAUCGGGUCUCUAGGGAAGAAAGCAUCGCUAUGGUGUAUACUCGGCGUGCCGAGUUUGUGGUGGAUUGAUCUGCAGGUUGAUGGUGUGAAGAGAGGACACCUUGCCAGCCAGCGGUCGCGACUUCCCUUAGCCAAGUCCAUCAUUGCCUCGUCUUUCACCUCCCCCAUCGAUGCCAUCUAUCUCGCCGCCAUCUUCGACCCAAUCUUCACCGCGUCAUACCCAGACACUAGCAAAGUCCAACAGCUAUCGCUCCUUGGGGCUAUUCUGAGGUCAUUCGCGGAGCCAGAACUCACUCCGCCCGUCGGCGCAGAUCUCGUCAAUAUCUCGGAUUUAACCGAAAACCACCCAUCAAGACCCAUCGUCGUAUUCGCCGAAUGCACGACAACAAACGGCCGCGGCAUUCUCCCGCUCAGCAGAUCACUAGCAUCCGUUCCGCCGCGUACGAAAAUAUAUCCUAUCAGCCUGCGAUACACCGAACCAGACAUCACCACCCCAGUACCUCAUUGUUAUACCACUUUCCUGUGGAAUCUGCUCAGCAAACCCACACAUUUCAUCCGUGUGCGAGUCGCCGAACAUGUCAGCUCGAGCAGUAAAGCGUCGCCCGAGGGUCGGGGUACAACUAGCAAUUUCUUUGACGACGAGGAUGACGAUAGUUCUGCGACGUUGCUUGAUGAGUCGUCUGCUAGUGAGACGCUGACGAAUCAGGAUAGAGCCUUAUUGGACUAUGUAGGCGAAUCGCUGGCCCGUCUUGGGAGAGUGAAGAGGGUUGGCUUGGGAGUUCAGGAGAAGAGAGACUUUGUCCGCAUGUGGACCAAACAGCAGCGCAGGUGACACUGAUAUUAAGAGCCACCCUGACGCUGAGGCAGAGAUUCAGAAUUAAUCAAGAUGCUCAAUAAUAACGAUCCCAUUAAUUAGAAGUUAUUACUGGCCGUUCUUGGAUUAGUAAAUGUAUUCCUGAAACCGAACACAAAGUGGAUCGUCAAGGUGUUCCCUCCUGUCUAUGCACCUUGUUGUUUUACCACACACACGGUUUGCGGAGCCAGGCAAACGGCCAUAGGUCACAUGAUUAUGUUG